UCGGUCAUUUUCGGGUCGGCUCUUGAGGGUUGCAUAAAUUUCCCAACAAAAAUAUACCGGCGAUAUCUAAUCUUAUCUGGCGCGAAUCCGUCGAUUUGGAUCGCGACCAAAUUUAUCUGUUUCAUUGCAUCACACUUCCCUAUUGAAAAUGGAGAACCAGUAGCAGCGUUAGUUCUUUCCGAACCUUGGCUCGCUGCGUACUAAAAUCGCGACUAUUAUCAUGGAACAGGUGAAAGAUCCUUCCAACGGAUCUGAAACAUUCCUGCAGGAUAAGUGGAACCGUCUGUUGGAUACAAUCGGCGAUGAUCCGGAAUUUCUUUAUGUUUGGGCUCUAACAAUUUGGGUGAACGGCUUCUUUUGGGUGUUCGGAGGGUUGUUUGUGCUAAUGGAUGUCUUCAACCGGCCUCGCUGGCUACGGAAAUACAAAACACAACCUGGAAAAAAUGAACCCUUGGAAUGGGCAGGUCUCCUGAUGGUUAUGAAGACCAUUCUGUUCAACCAGACGAUGGUUGGAAUUCCACUAACCUACAUUGGAUUUCACUUGGCUGGGAGUAAGAAUCUACCGAACGUUCGUGAGCUACCGAGUACCAUCGUAGUGCUUCGUGAUUUGUGCGUUUGUUUAUUUUUUGCCGAAAUCGGAUUCUACUACGUGCACCGUUUUCUGCACUUGCGGCCACUGUAUCGAUACGUCCACAAAAAGCAUCACGAAUGGACGGCUCCAUUCGCCUGGACGGCCAUGUACUGUCACCCGGUGGAGCACGUCAUCAGUAAUAUGCUUCCACCGAUCAUCGGAAUAGAACUGAUGAAAAGUCAUUUGGCAACGGCUGUUCUGUGGUUCACGUUGCUUAUUGUCAACACCAUCCGGGAUCACUGCGGAUAUCAUCUGCCAUUCUUCCCGAGUCCGGAAUAUCACGACUAUCAUCAUGCAAAAUUCACGGAAUGUUUUGGCACAUUCGGUUAUCUCGAUCUGUUGCAUGGGACCGAUAAAACGUUCCGGAAAAGUAAACAACAUCUGCGUCACCGAUUCCUUUGGACGACUCGGUCUGCCAGGGAACUUAUUCCGGAUAAGUGAAAAACAAUCUAGAAAAGUGUGUGGCUUAAUGUUCCAGUUUUUUCUCAAUAGAAAUAGCUGAAGAAAUAGCACCGGGUGUUAGCUGAAUGCGUUUAAACUUUCUCACAUAUGGAAUCAUAGGGUCCCAAAGAUGCAUGAAUACCUUUAAUAUCAGUCCUGUUUUCAGAUUUCGAUGGAUUCAUUUAACAAUUAUGACAUCAAUUAGGAGCACCUGCAUUUAAUUUCUGUUAUGGAUUUCCAAUUUGAAAUAAACUAUUCU